AUGGGAAAGAUCAUCUUCUACGAGGACAAGAACUUUGGUGGCCGUCACCAUGAGUGCAUGAGUGACUGCGCUGAUCUUCACUCCAUGUUCAACCGCUGCCAAUCCAUCAGGGUGGUGAGCGGUAUGUUCAUGAUCUACGAGCGCCCCAACUUCAUGGGACACCAGCAUUUCCUGAGGAAGGGAGAGUACUCCGACUACAUGCGCAUGAUGGGAAUGAACGAGUGUGUCAAGUCCUGCCGCAUGAUCCCCAUGCACCGUGGUAACUUCAGGAUGAGGCUGUACGACCGCUCUGACAUGGGAGGCCAGAUGAUGGAGCUGGAUGACGACUGCCCCAACUGUAUGGACCGUUUCCGUAUGUCCGACUUCAACUCCUGCAACGUGAUGGACGGCCACUGGCUGAUGUACGACCAGGCCAACUAUAGAGGACACCACUACUACCUGAGGCCUGGCCAGUACCGUAGAUACAGUGACUGGGGAGGCAUGAGCUCCAAGAUCGGCUCAAUCAGGCGCAUUAUGGACCUCUAA